GCCCUCUACAGGGACGUAAUGCAGGAGAACUACGAGACGGUGACCUCGCUGGGAUUCCCCAUUCCCAAACCUGAGCUGAUCUCCCGCCUGGAACGAGGGGAAGAGCCGUGGGUCCCGGAUCUCCAGGCCUGCGAGGAAAGAGAGCGCCUGAGAGGCAACCACACAGGUGAUGAGGCAAUGAGUGAGAAGGAGGAAGGGAAUCAUCAUGAGGAAGUCCCUGGAAAAGUGGAACCACAGGGGACAUAUGUGGGAAGAGCUGAAGGGAAUUUUUCCCAGUGCUUCAAACACGAAGAAGCCUGGGGAAAUUGGCACAGGUCAGAGAGGCUGCAGGGAAACCACCCAAGGAAGAAAGUGGAUGAGUCUAUUAAAUGUGGAGGAGGAGAAAAGGAUCCCACAACCCAUCAGACAAAUUCCAAGGAAGACAAACACUAUGAAUGCCUUGGGUAUGGGAAAGGAUUCAUUGUGAGAUCACAGCUUGUUACACAUCAGACAAUCCAUAUUGGAGAGAAACCCCUUCAAUGCUUGGACUGUGGGGAAAGCUUCAAUAAUCGCUCAGCCCUGAGUAAUCAUGGGAGAAGCCACAGAAGAGAGAAACCUUCUCAAUGCCUCGAGUGCGGGAAAUGUUUCAUUUGGAAGUCAGAACUAAUUAGACAUCGGCUAAGCCACACAGGAGAGAGACCCCAUAAGUGCUUAGACUGUGGGAAAAGUUUCAACUGGAAAUCAGUCCUUGUUAAUCAUCAGGUAAUUCACACAGGAGAGAAAGCCCAUAAGUGCUUGGAUUGUGGGAAAAGUUUCAGUCGGAGGUCAGUUCUUGUUAAUCAUCAGAGAAUCCACACAGGGGAGAGACCCCACAAGUGCAUGGACUGUGGGAUAAGUUUCACAUGGAGGUCAGACCUUGUUAGACAUAGGGCAAUCCACACAGGAGAGAAACCCCAUAGGUGUUUAGACUGUGGGAAAAGUUUCACACAGAGGUCAGUCCUUGUUAGACAUCAGUCAAUCCACACAAGAGAGAAACCCCACAAGUGCUUGGACCAUGGGGAAAUUUCGCGCGGAGAUCACACCUCAUUAAACAUGAGAGAAUUGACACAGGAUCUAAACUUCUCUGACACAGAGACAGAAGGUAUUAAGGAAUUUGCAUGUAAUUGACCUAGAUUCAACCUUUAGAGACACGUUAGAAAAGUGUGUCCUCGUUAGAUAAACUAGAGCUUCGAAAGGUAACCAUGUAUUGUUAAAGACAUGGAAGAAGAUGGUAACUGUAGUAGUCUCUGUUUAGCUGUAUCAUGUUAGAGAUUAACAAUGGAAAUAAACAGUUCCUGUCUA